AUGUUUCGAAUAAUUCGAUUAAUUUUAUAUUUUAGAUUGAUAGGUAAUUGUAUUGCCUUAGAUCCUGAGAUAAUAGAAAUAGAAGAUCAUAUUUUGUAUGGAGUAAUAAGUUUGUAUAAGAAUAAAUUAAUCAUUAGAUUGUUAAUAUUAUUUUCUGGUUUUUGCAGUGGAGCCACAUAAGGUCUUUUGUCAAUAGAUUAAAUAACUAUAGAGGUAAAGCUGAG